AGUUAACCAUCACCCACUGUACGUUUAACGCGUUUUUAGAUUAAAAAGUAACUCCGAUAGAUUCAAUAUUAAAAAUUAAGCACUCGAAAAUAUUUUUUUACACAUAUCAAUCCCUCGUUUCAACAAUUUUGAUUCACAAAGUGAAUUUUAUUAGGGAAAGGCAAAUAGAGUGAUUGUGAUUAGAAACAGAAAACUUUCGCUUUCACCAAUGACUAUUUUUGACAGGUGUUGUAUUUUUGGUAGCACUGCUUGUCAAAUUUCAGGUUAGAAAUGAAAUUUGACAAACGACCGUUCAACAUUUUUGCUGUGUCAACUCGGCGAAAAGGAUUUAUUUUGUAAAUAUUUUAUAAAAUAAAAAUAGUAGUAAACAUUUUUAUAUUUUUCUGUGAUAUUAGAAGAUAUAUCUUUUCUGUUAUAUUUACUAUGCCGCAAUAUAAAGUCAAAGUUAAAUGGGGCAAAGAAAGCUUCCCAGAUAUAGAGGUUAAUACCGAUGAACCCCCUCUUUUAUUUAAGGCACAGUUAUUUGCAUUGACGGGUGUUCAACCGGAAAGGCAAAAAGUAAUGAUUAAAGGCGUUACACUCAAAGAUACUGAUUGGAAUAAUUUCAAAUUAAAAGAUGGAGUUACUGUUUUAUUGAUGGGUAGUAAAGAAGAGGAUGUACCAAAAGAACCCAUUGAAAAAACCGUUUUUGUAGAAGAUAUGAAUGAAAGUGAACUUGCUACAGCUUUGGAAUUACCAGCAGGUUUAACAAAUUUAGGAAAUACUUGUUACAUGAAUGCAACUGUACAAUGUCUAAAAGCUGUACCGGAAUUGAGGGAAGCUCUACAGAGUUAUCAAGGAGGUGUAGCAGCUGGUAGUAAUGUCAUCCCCGCCCAAUCUAUAACAGCUGCCCUCAGGGAUCUCUAUAACAACAUGGAUAAGGGUAAUACGGUUCCUCCCAUUGUUUUAUUGCAAGUUCUUCAUAUGGCGUUUCCCAGAUUUGCUGAAAAGAAUGAACACGGGACGUUUGCUCAACAGGACGCCAAUGAAUGUUGGACUGAAUUGAUUAGAAUGUUGCAGCAAAAAUUACCUUCAAAACAAAAUGAAGGAAGCAGCAAAGAACAGUUUAAGUCUUUUAUAGAUCAAUAUUUUGGAGGGACGUUCGAUGUGGAGUGGAAGUGUGUUGAAACUGAAGAUGAGGCUGUUUCAAAAUGUAAAGAACAGUUUUUGCAGCUCAGCUGUUUUAUAUCUCAAGAUGUCCGGUAUAUGCAUUCGGGAUUAAAGAAUAAAUUGCAAGAACAAAUUACUAAAAAAUCUUCAACUUUAGAUAGAGAUGCCCUUUAUACGAAAACGUCAAAAAUAAGUAGGUUACCUGCGUAUUUGACUGUACAGUUCGUGAGGUUCUACUAUAAAGAAAGGGAAUCUAUAAAUGCAAAAAUUCUUAAGGACGUUAAGUUUCCCGUGGAUUUUGAUGCUUAUGAUUUGUGUACACCGGAAUUACAAGAGAAGUUGUCACCUAUGCGGGCUAAAUUUAAGGAAUAUGAAGACGCUCUUGUAGAAAGAGCAUCCAAAGAGAAGGAUAAAAACAAUAAAGGAGACAACAAGGAAGAAAAAAAGUACGAACCGUAUUGGUUCGAAGACGAUCUGGGAAGUAACAACAGUGGUUAUUAUACGUUACAAGCAGUUUUAACUCAUCGAGGUAGAUCUUCUUCGAGUGGACAUUACGUCGCGUGGGUUCGACAAUCCGGAGAAAAAUGGAUAAUGUGUGACGAUGAUAACGUUUCACCCGUUUCAACGGAAGAUAUUUUAAAAUUAUCCGGAGGAGGUGACUGGCAUUGUGCUUAUGUACUACUUUACGGUCCCAGGUUGUUGCAAUUGAAUUAUUUAGCAGAAGAAAAAAUGGUUACUGAAUAAUCAAAUCUAUUGUCACGAUAUUUUUGACGCUUUAAAUAUUUGUAUCUUUGUAAUCAUCUUCGAGGUAACGAAACUUACCUGAUUUUUAUAAAUAAAAUAUUUUUUUCUUCUA